CCCUGUCUCGCUGGGGUGCCUCCCCGCUCCGGGAUGGGGGUCCUAAGAGCCAGUGGGGGAUGAGGGGCUGGUUCUCAGUCCCAGCCUCGCGGGGGUGCCUCCCCCCCAGGCAAUGGGGAUCCAGAGAGCCAGGGGGGUAAGAGGGGCAGGCUCUCAUUCCCCGCCUCGCGGGGGGUGGCUACCUCCCCUGCGAUGGGGGUCCAUAGAGCAAGGAAGGGAAGAGGGGCUGGCUCUCAACCCCGCCUCGCUGGGGGUGCCUCCCCCCCCUGCGAUGGGGGUCCUAAGGGCCAGUGGGGGAAGAGGGGCUGGCUCUGAGAACCCGCCUCACGGGGGGUGCCUCUCCCCCCUCCACGGAGGAUCCUCAGAGCAAGCGGGGGAAGAGGGGCUGGCUCUGAGACCCCGCCUCGCUGGGGGUGCCUCCCCCCACUGCGAUGGGGGUCCUAAGAGCCAGUGGGGGAAGAGGGGCUGGCUCUGAGACCCCGCCUCGCGGGGGGUGCCUCCCCCACCUGCGAUGGGGGUCCUAUGGGCCAGUGGGGGAAGAGGGGCUGGCUCUGAGACCCCGCCUCGCUGGGGGUGCCUCCCCCCCCUGCGAUGGGGGUCCUAAGGGCCAGUGGGGGAAGAGGGGCUGGCUCUGAGACCCCGCCUCGCUGGGGGUGCCUCCCCCCCCUGCGAUGGGGGUCCUAAGGGCCAGUGGGGGAAGAGGGGCUGGCUCUGAGAACCCGCCUCACGGGGGGUGCCUCCCCCCCCGCGAUGGGGUUCCUAAGGGCCAGUGGGGGAAGAGGGGCUGGCUCUCUGUACCCGCCUUGCGGGGGGUGCCUCCCCCCUUGUGAUGGGGGUCCUAAGAGCCAGGAGCAGAAGAGGGGCUGGCUCUCUAUACCCGCCUCGCGGGGGAUGCCUCCCUCCCCCGUGAUGGGGGUCCUAAGAGCCAGAAGGCUUAGAGGGGCUGGCUCUCUGUACCCGCCUCGCGGGGGGUGCCUCCCCCCCCCCGUGAUGGGGGUCCUAAGAGCCAGAAGGCUUAGAGGGGCUGGCUCUCAGUCUCCGCCUCGUGGGGGCUGCCUCCCCCCCUGCGAUGGGGGUCCUAAGGGGCAGUGGGGGAAGAGGGGCUGGCUCUGAGACCCCGCCUCGCUGGAGGUGCCUCCUCCCCCUGCGAUGUGGGUCCUAAGAGCCAGGGGGGGAUGAGGGGCUGGCUCUCAGUGCCCGCCUCUCGGGGAGUGCCUCCCCUUCCUGCGAUGGGGGUCCUAAGAGCCAGGAGGGGAAGAGGGGCUGGCUUUCAGUCACCACAGCUUGGGGGGCCUUUAUGUUCUGGUUUUUCCCAAGAGUCAGCUGAUUUGCUUCUUGUACUAGCAGGGCAGUUGCUGCCAAGGCCCUCAAACAGGGGGGCCAUCCUUUAGAAACCCUGUCUAGCUGUUUAGAGAGGUAGGCCACCGGCCUCAGCCAGGGCCCCACAGUUUGGGUUUAAAGUCCAGCUGCCAUCUUUUCUCUGACGCAUACCCUGGAAAAGGCUUUGUGAGAUCCGCUAGCCCCUGGGCUGGGGCUUUCAGAAGUUUUUCCUUUAAGUCAUGAAAGACUUGCUGUUGUUGGAAUCCCCAUUCCAAAUGUUCCCGGUCCCCGCCCCCUUUGUGACGUCAUACAAAGGCGUGGCUAAUACUGCAAAGUUGGGCUCCGCAGUCUACAAAACCCCACAGCUCCUAGGAAUUCUCUCACCAGCCUUCUGCCCUUAGGCUCCGGAAGAUUGCAAAUGACCUGCUUUCUUUCGGAUCCCGGGCUGCUUUCGGACACCUGUCGGCAGAUCUGAGUUUUCUUCUUGGACACCUAAUACCUACAGCCCUCCAGAGACCGAGAGGUUGAUGUCACUCCCAAUAUCGGAGGAAGUAUACAGCCCCGUGUGAGAUGUUCCUUAAUGAUAUUCCACGGCGGAGGGGGUGAUAUGACUACAUACAUGGCAGAAAGUGGAAACCCCCCAGGGAUAUUAUUCCCACGAUCCUGGAGGGAAGAAGAUGAUGUUACUUUCAAUGUGACAGAAGGUGGAUGAAGUGGUGGACUGCCCCUCCACACCUGUGGACACGCCCCCACUGAUAUUCCUUCUAAUUGCAACGUGGGAGAGGAGGAUAUGACACGCGAUAUCGCAGGGAGCAGAAACACCCCUGUGAUACUGUUCUUCAUAUUCAGGGAGGAAGAGGAUGAUAUUACUCCCAAUACAGACGGGUGUACACCCGUCUGUGAAAGAGUUUGUAAUCUCCAGAGGGGGAGAUGAUAUUACUCACAAUAUGGUAAAGAGGCUGUGAGUCCACGGAGGAUCCUCAGAGCAAGCGGGGGAAGAGGGGCUGGCUCUGAGACCCCGCCUCGCUGGGGGUGCCUCCCCCCACUGCGAUGGGGGUCCUAAGAGCCAGUGGGGGAAGAGGGGCUGGCUCUGAGACCCCGCCUCGCGGGGGGUGCCUCCCCCACCUGCGAUGGGGGUCCUAUGGGCCAGUGGGGGAAGAGGGGCUGGCUCUGAGACCCCGCCUCGCUGGGGGUGCCUCCCCCCCCGCGAUGGGGGUCCUAAGGGCCAGUGGGGGAAGAGGGGCUGGCUCUGAGACCCCGCCUCGCUGGGGGUGCCUCCCCCCCCUGCGAUGGGGGUCCUAAGGGCCAGUGGGGGAAGAGGGGCUGGCUCUGAGAACCCGCCUCACGGGGGGUGCCUCCCCCCCCGCGAUGGGGUUCCUAAGGGCCAGUGGGGGAAGAGGGGCUGGCUCUCUGUACCCGCCUUGCGGGGGGUGCCUCCCCCCUUGUGAUGGGGGUCCUAAGAGCCAGGAGCAGAAGAGGGGCUGGCUCUCUAUACCCGCCUCGCGGGGGAUGCCUCCCUCCCCCGUGAUGGGGGUCCUAAGAGCCAGAAGGCUUAGAGGGGCUGGCUCUCUGUACCCGCCUCGCGGGGGGUGCCUCCCCCCCCCCGUGAUGGGGGUCCUAAGAGCCAGAAGGCUUAGAGGGGCUGGCUCUCAGUCUCCGCCUCGUGGGGGGUGCCUCCCCCCCUGCGAUGGGGGUCCUAAGGGGCAGUGGGGGAAGAGGGGCUGGCUCUGAGACCCCGCCUCGCUGGAGGUGCCUCCUCCCCCUGCGAUGUGGGUCCUAAGAGCCAGGGGGGGAUGAGGGGCUGGCUCUCAGUGCCCGCCUCUCGGGGAGUGCCUCCCCUUCCUGCGAUGGGGGUCCUAAGAGCCAGGAGGGGAAGAGGGGCUGGCUUUCAGUCACCACAGCUUGGGGGGCCUUUAUGUUCUGGUUUUUCCCAAGAGUCAGCUGAUUUGCUUCUUGUACUAGCAGGGCAGUUGCUGCCAAGGCCCUCAAACAGGGGGGCCAUCCUUUAGAAACCCUGUCUAGCUGUUUAGAGAGGUAGGCCACCGGCCUCAGCCAGGGCCCCACAGUUUGGGUUUAAAGUCCAGCUGCCAUCUUUUCUCUGACGCAUACCCUGGAAAAGGCUUUGUGAGAUCCGCUAGCCCCUGGGCUGGGGCUUUCAGAAGUUUUUCCUUUAAGUCAUGAAAGACUUGCUGUUGUUGGAAUCCCCAUUCCAAAUGUUCCCGGUCCCCGCCCCCUUUGUGACGUCAUACAAAGGCGUGGCUAAUACUGCAAAGUUGGGCUCCGCAGUCUACAAAACCCCACAGCUCCUAGGAAUUCUCUCACCAGCCUUCUGCCCUUAGGCUCCGGAAGAUUGCAAAUGACCUGCUUUCUUUCGGAUCCCGGGCUGCUUUCGGACACCUGUCGGCAGAUCUGAGUUUUCUUCUUGGACACCUAAUACCUACAGCCCUCCAGAGACCGAGAGGUUGAUGUCACUCCCAAUAUCGGAGGAAGUAUACAGCCCCGUGUGAGAUGUUCCUUAAUGAUAUUCCACGGCGGAGGGGGUGAUAUGACUACAUACAUGGCAGAAAGUGGAAACCCCCCAGGGAUAUUAUUCCCACGAUCCUGGAGGGAAGAAGAUGAUGUUACUUUCAAUGUGACAGAAGGUGGAUGAAGUGGUGGACUGCCCCUCCACACCUGUGGACACGCCCCCACUGAUAUUCCUUCUAAUUGCAACGUGGGAGAGGAGGAUAUGACACGCGAUAUCGCAGGGAGCAGAAACACCCCUGUGAUACUGUUCUUCAUAUUCAGGGAGGAAGAGGAUGAUAUUACUCCCAAUACAGACGGGUGUACACCCGUCUGUGAAAGAGUUUGUAAUCUCCAGAGGGGGAGAUGAUAUUACUCACAAUAUGGUAAAGAGGCUGUGAGUCCACGGAGGAUCCUCAGAGCAAGCGGGGGAAGAGGGGCUGGCUCUGAGACCCCGCCUCGCGGGGGGUGCCUCCCCCACCUGCGAUGGGGGUCCUAUGGGCCAGUGGGGGAAGAGGGGCUGGCUCUGAGACCCCGCCUCGCUGGGGGUGCCUCCCCCCCCUGCGAUGGGGGUCCUAAGGGCCAGUGGAGGAAGAGGGGCUGGCUCUGAGACCCCGCCUCGCUGGGGGUGCCUCCCCCCCCUGCGAUGGGGGUCCUAAGGGCCAGUGGGGGAAGAGGGGCUGGCUCUGAGAACCCGCCUCACGGGGGGUGCCUCCCCCCCCGCGAUGGGGUUCCUAAGGGCCAGUGGGGGAAGAGGGGCUGGCUCUCUGUACCCGCCUUGCGGGGGGUGCCUCCCCCCUUGUGAUGGGGGUCCUAAGAGCCAGGAGCAGAAGAGGGGCUGGCUCUCUAUACCCGCCUCGCGGGGGAUGCCUCCCUCCCCCGUGAUGGGGGUCCUAAGAGCCAGAAGGCUUAGAGGGGCUGGCUCUCUGUACCCGCCUCGCGGGGGGUGCCUCCCCCCCCCCGUGAUGGGGGUCCUAAGAGCCAGAAGGCUUAGAGGGGCUGGCUCUCAGUCUCCGCCUCGUGGGGGCUGCCUCCCCCCCUGCGAUGGGGGUCCUAAGGGGCAGUGGGGGAAGAGGGGCUGGCUCUGAGACCCCGCCUCGCUGGAGGUGCCUCCUCCCCCUGCGAUGUGGGUCCUAAGAGCCAGGGGGGGAUGAGGGGCUGGCUCUCAGUGCACGCCUCUCGGGGAGUGCCUCCCCUUCCUGCGAUGGGGGUCCUAAGAGCCAGGAGGGGAAGAGGGGCUGGCUUUCAGUCACCACAGCUUGGGGGGCCUUUAUGUUCUGGUUUUUCCCAAGAGUCAGCUGAUUUGCUUCUUGUACUAGCAGGGCAGUUGCUGCCAAGGCCCUCAAACAGGGGGGCCAUCCUUUAGAAACCCUGUCUAGCUGUUUAGAGAGGUAGGCCACCGGCCUCAGCCAGGGCCCCACAGUUUGGGUUUAAAGUCCAGCUGCCAUCUUUUCUCUGACGCAUACCCUGGAAAAGGCUUUGUGAGAUCCGCUAGCCCCUGGGCUGGGGCUUUCAGAAGUUUUUCCUUUAAGUCAUGAAAGACUUGCUGUUGUUGGAAUCCCCAUUCCAAAUGUUCCCGGUCCCCGCCCCCUUUGUGACGUCAUACAAAGGCGUGGCUAAUACUGCAAAGUUGGGCUCCGCAGUCUACAAAACCCCACAGCUCCUAGGAAUUCUCUCACCAGCCUUCUGCCCUUAGGCUCCGGAAGAUUGCAAAUGACCUGCUUUCUUUCGGAUCCCGGGCUGCUUUCGGACACCUGUCGGCAGAUCUGAGUUUUCUUCUUGGACACCUAAUACCUACAGCCCUCCAGAGACCGAGAGGUUGAUGUCACUCCCAAUAUCGGAGGAAGUAUACAGCCCCGUGUGAGAUGUUCCUUAAUGAUAUUCCACGGCGGAGGGGGUGAUAUGACUACAUACAUGGCAGAAAGUGGAAACCCCCCAGGGAUAUUAUUCCCACGAUCCUGGAGGGAAGAAGAUGAUGUUACUUUCAAUGUGACAGAAGGUGGAUGAAGUGGUGGACUGCCCCUCCACACCUGUGGACACGCCCCCACUGAUAUUCCUUCUAAUUGCAACGUGGGAGAGGAGGAUAUGACACGCGAUAUCGCAGGGAGCAGAAACACCCCUGUGAUACUGUUCUUCAUAUUCAGGGAGGAAGAGGAUGAUAUUACUCCCAAUACAGACGGGUGUACACCCGUCUGUGAAAGAGUUUGUAAUCUCCAGAGGGGGAGAUGAUAUUACUCACAAUAUGGUAAAGAGGCUGUGAGUCCACGGAGGAUCCUCAGAGCCAGCGGGGGAAGAGGGGCUGGCUCUGAGACCCCGCCUCGCUGGGGGUGCCUCCCCCCACUGCGAUGGGGGUCCUAAGAGCCAGUGGGGGAAGAGGGGCUGGCUCUGAGACCCCGCCUCGCGGGGGGUGCCUCCCCCACCUGCGAUGGGGGUCCUAAGGGCCAGUGGGGGAAGAGGGGCUGGCUCUGAGACCCCGCCUCGCUGGGGGUGCCUCCCCCCCCUGCGAUGGGGGUCCUAAGGGCCAGUGGAGGAAGAGGGGCUGGCUCUGAGACCCCGCCUCGCUGGGGGUGCCUCCCCCCCCUGCGAUGGGGGUCCUAAGGGCCAGUGGGGGAAGAGGGGCUGGCUCUGAGAACCCGCCUCACGGGGGGUGCCUCCCCCCCCGCGAUGGGGUUCCUAAGGGCCAGUGGGGGAAGAGGGGCUGGCUCUCUGUACCCGCCUUGCGGGGGGUGCCUCCCCCCUUGUGAUGGGGGUCCUAAGAGCCAGGAGCAGAAGAGGGGCUGGCUCUCUAUACCCGCCUCGCGGGGGAUGCCUCCCUCCCCCGUGAUGGGGGUCCUAAGAGCCAGAAGGCUUAGAGGGGCUGGCUCUCUGUACCCGCCUCGCGGGGGGUGCCUCCCCCCCCCCGUGAUGGGGGUCCUAAGAGCCAGAAGGCUUAGAGGGGCUGGCUCUCAGUCUCCGCCUCGUGGGGGCUGCCUCCCCCCCUGCGAUGGGGGUCCUAAGGGGCAGUGGGGGAAGAGGGGCUGGCUCUGAGACCCCGCCUCGCUGGAGGUGCCUCCUCCCCCUGCGAUGUGGGUCCUAAGAGCCAGGGGGGGAUGAGGGGCUGGCUCUCAGUGCCCGCCUCUCGGGGAGUGCCUCCCCUUCCUGCGAUGGGGGUCCUAAGAGCCAGGAGGGGAAGAGGGGCUGGCUUUCAGUCACCACAGCUUGGGGGGCCUUUAUGUUCUGGUUUUUCCCAAGAGUCAGCUGAUUUGCUUCUUGUACUAGCAGGGCAGUUGCUGCCAAGGCCCUCAAACAGGGGGGCCAUCCUUUAGAAACCCUGUCUAGCUGUUUAGAGAGGUAGGCCACCGGCCUCAGCCAGGGCCCCACAGUUUGGGUUUAAAGUCCAGCUGCCAUCUUUUCUCUGACGCAUACCCUGGAAAAGGCUUUGUGAGAUCCGCUAGCCCCUGGGCUGGGGCUUUCAGAAGUUUUUCCUUUAAGUCAUGAAAGACUUGCUGUUGUUGGAAUCCCCAUUCCAAAUGUUCCCGGUCCCCGCCCCCUUUGUGACGUCAUACAAAGGCGUGGCUAAUACUGCAAAGUUGGGCUCCGCAGUCUACAAAACCCCACAGCUCCUAGGAAUUCUCUCACCAGCCUUCUGCCCUUAGGCUCCGGAAGAUUGCAAAUGACCUGCUUUCUUUCGGAUCCCGGGCUGCUUUCGGACACCUGUCGGCAGAUCUGAGUUUUCUUCUUGGACACCUAAUACCUACAGCCCUCCAGAGACCGAGAGGUUGAUGUCACUCCCAAUAUCGGAGGAAGUAUACAGCCCCGUGUGAGAUGUUCCUUAAUGAUAUUCCACGGCGGAGGGGGUGAUAUGACUACAUACAUGGCAGAAAGUGGAAACCCCCCAGGGAUAUUAUUCCCACGAUCCUGGAGGGAAGAAGAUGAUGUUACUUUCAAUGUGACAGAAGGUGGAUGAAGUGGUGGACUGCCCCUCCACACCUGUGGACACGCCCCCACUGAUAUUCCUUCUAAUUGCAACGUGGGAGAGGAGGAUAUGACACGCGAUAUCGCAGGGAGCAGAAACACCCCUGUGAUACUGUUCUUCAUAUUCAGGGAGGAAGAGGAUGAUAUUACUCCCAAUACAGACGGGUGUACACCCGUCUGUGAAAGAGUUUGUAAUCUCCAGAGGGGGAGAUGAUAUUACUCACAAUAUGGUAAAGAGGCUGUGAGUCCACGGAGGAUCCUCAGAGCAAGCGGGGGAAGAGGGGCUGGCUCUGAGACCCCGCCUCGCUGGGGGUGCCUCCCCCCACUGCGAUGGGGGUCCUAAGAGCCAGUGGGGGAAGAGGGGCUGGCUCUGAGACCCCGCCUCGCGGGGGGUGCCUCCCCCACCUGCGAUGGGGGUCCUAUGGGCCAGUGGGGGAAGAGGGGCUGGCUCUGAGACCCCGCCUCGCUGGGGGUGCCUCCCCCCCCUGCGAUGGGGGUCCUAAGGGCCAGUGGAGGAAGAGGGGCUGGCUCUGAGACCCCGCCUCGCUGGGGGUGCCUCCCCCCCCUGCGAUGGGGGUCCUAAGGGCCAGUGGGGGAAGAGGGGCUGGCUCUGAGAACCCGCCUCACGGGGGGUGCCUCCCCCCCCGCGAUGGGGUUCCUAAGGGCCAGUGGGGGAAGAGGGGCUGGCUCUCUGUACCCGCCUUGCGGGGGGUGCCUCCCCCCUUGUGAUGGGGGUCCUAAGAGCCAGGAGCAGAAGAGGGGCUGGCUCUCUAUACCCGCCUCGCGGGGGAUGCCUCCCUCCCCCGUGAUGGGGGUCCUAAGAGCCAGAAGGCUUAGAGGGGCUGGCUCUCUGUACCCGCCUCGCGGGGGGUGCCUCCCCCCCCCGUGAUGGGGGUCCUAAGAGCCAGAAGGCUUAGAGGGGCUGGCUCUCAGUCUCCGCCUCGUGGGGGCUGCCUCCCCCCCUGCGAUGGGGGUCCUAAGGGGCAGUGGGGGAAGAGGGGCUGGCUCUGAGACCCCGCCUCGCUGGAGGUGCCUCCUCCCCCUGCGAUGUGGGUCCUAAGAGCCAGGGGGGGAUGAGGGGCUGGCUCUCAGUGCCCGCCUCUCGGGGAGUGCCUCCCCUUCCUGCGAUGGGGGUCCUAAGAGCCAGGAGGGGAAGAGGGGCUGGCUUUCAGUCACCACAGCUUGGGGGGCCUUUAUGUUCUGGUUUUUCCCAAGAGUCAGCUGAUUUGCUUCUUGUACUAGCAGGGCAGUUGCUGCCAAGGCCCUCAAACAGGGGGGCCAUCCUUUAGAAACCCUGUCUAGCUGUUUAGAGAGGUAGGCCACCGGCCUCAGCCAGGGCCCCACAGUUUGGGUUUAAAGUCCAGCUGCCAUCUUUUCUCUGACGCAUACCCUGGAAAAGGCUUUGUGAGAUCCGCUAGCCCCUGGGCUGGGGCUUUCAGAAGUUUUUCCUUUAAGUCAUGAAAGACUUGCUGUUGUUGGAAUCCCCAUUCCAAAUGUUCCCGGUCCCCGCCCCCUUUGUGACGUCAUACAAAGGCGUGGCUAAUACUGCAAAGUUGGGCUCCGCAGUCUACAAAACCCCACAGCUCCUAGGAAUUCUCUCACCAGCCUUCUGCCCUUAGGCUCCGGAAGAUUGCAAAUGACCUGCUUUCUUUCGGAUCCCGGGCUGCUUUCGGACACCUGUCGGCAGAUCUGAGUUUUCUUCUUGGACACCUAAUACCUACAGCCCUCCAGAGACCGAGAGGUUGAUGUCACUCCCAAUAUCGGAGGAAGUAUACAGCCCCGUGUGAGAUGUUCCUUAAUGAUAUUCCACGGCGGAGGGGGUGAUAUGACUACAUACAUGGCAGAAAGUGGAAACCCCCCAGGGAUAUUAUUCCCACGAUCCUGGAGGGAAGAAGAUGAUGUUACUUUCAAUGUGACAGAAGGUGGAUGAAGUGGUGGACUGCCCCUCCACACCUGUGGACACGCCCCCACUGAUAUUCCUUCUAAUUGCAACGUGGGAGAGGAGGAUAUGACACGCGAUAUCGCAGGGAGCAGAAACACCCCUGUGAUACUGUUCUUCAUAUUCAGGGAGGAAGAGGAUGAUAUUACUCCCAAUACAGACGGGUGUACACCCGUCUGUGAAAGAGUUUGUAAUCUCCAGAGGGGGAGAUGAUAUUACUCACAAUAUGGUAAAGAGGCUGUGAGUCCACGGAGGAUCCUCAGAGCAAGCGGGGGAAGAGGGGCUGGCUCUGAGACCCCGCCUCGCUGGGGGUGCCUCCCCCCACUGCGAUGGGGGUCCUAAGAGCCAGUGGGGGAAGAGGGGCUGGCUCUGAGACCCCGCCUCGCGGGGGGUGCCUCCCCCACCUGCGAUGGGGGUCCUAUGGGCCAGUGGGGGAAGAGGGGCUGGCUCUGAGACCCCGCCUCGCUGGGGGUGCCUCCCCCCCCUGCGAUGGGGGUCCUAAGGGCCAGUGGGGGAAGAGGGGCUGGCUCUGAGACCCCGCCUCGCUGGGGGUGCCUCCCCCCCCUGCGAUGGGGGUCCUAAGGGCCAGUGGGGGAAGAGGGGCUGGCUCUGAGAACCCGCCUCACGGGGGGUGCCUCCCCCCCCGCGAUGGGGUUCCUAAGGGCCAGUGGGGGAAGAGGGGCUGGCUCUCUGUACCCGCCUUGCGGGGGGUGCCUCCCCCCUUGUGAUGGGGGUCCUAAGAGCCAGGAGCAGAAGAGGGGCUGGCUCUCUAUACCCGCCUCGCGGGGGAUGCCUCCCUCCCCCGUGAUGGGGGUCCUAAGAGCCAGAAGGCUUAGAGGGGCUGGCUCUCUGUACCCGCCUCGCGGGGGGUGCCUCCCCCCCCCCGUGAUGGGGGUCCUAAGAGCCAGAAGGCUUAGAGGGGCUGGCUCUCAGUCUCCGCCUCGUGGGGGCUGCCUCCCCCCCUGCGAUGGGGGUCCUAAGGGGCAGUGGGGGAAGAGGGGCUGGCUCUGAGACCCCGCCUCGCUGGAGGUGCCUCCUCCCCCUGCGAUGUGGGUCCUAAGAGCCAGGGGGGGAUGAGGGGCUGGCUCUCAGUGCCCGCCUCUCGGGGAGUGCCUCCCCUUCCUGCGAUGGGGGUCCUAAGAGCCAGGAGGGGAAGAGGGGCUGGCUUUCAGUGACCACAGCUUGGGGGGCCUUUAUGUUCUGGUUUUUCCCAAGAGUCAGCUGAUUUGCUUCUUGUACUAGCAGGGCAGUUGCUGCCAAGGCCCUCAAACAGGGGGGCCAUCCUUUAGAAACCCUGUCUAGCUGUUUAGAGAGGUAGGCCACCGGCCUCAGCCAGGGCCCCACAGUUUGGGUUUAAAGUCCAGCUGCCAUCUUUUCUCUGACGCAUACCCUGGAAAAGGCUUUGUGAGAUCCGCUAGCCCCUGGGCUGGGGCUUUCAGAAGUUUUUCCUUUAAGUCAUGAAAGACUUGCUGUUGUUGGAAUCCCCAUUCCAAAUGUUCCCGGUCCCCGCCCCCUUUGUGACGUCAUACAAAGGCGUGGCUAAUACUGCAAAGUUGGGCUCCGCAGUCUACAAAACCCCACAGCUCCUAGGAAUUCUCUCACCAGCCUUCUGCCCUUAGGCUCCGGAAGAUUGCAAAUGACCUGCUUUCUUUCGGAUCCCGGGCUGCUUUCGGACACCUGUCGGCAGAUCUGAGUUUUCUUCUUGGACACCUAAUACCUACAGCCCUCCAGAGACCGAGAGGUUGAUGUCACUCCCAAUAUCGGAGGAAGUAUACAGCCCCGUGUGAGAUGUUCCUUAAUGAUAUUCCACGGCGGAGGGGGUGAUAUGACUACAUACAUGGCAGAAAGUGGAAACCCCCCAGGGAUAUUAUUCCCACGAUCCUGGAGGGAAGAAGAUGAUGUUACUUUCAAUGUGACAGAAGGUGGAUGAAGUGGUGGACUGCCCCUCCACACCUGUGGACACGCCCCCACUGAUAUUCCUUCUAAUUGCAACGUGGGAGAGGAGGAUAUGACACGCGAUAUCGCAGGGAGCAGAAACACCCCUGUGAUACUGUUCUUCAUAUUCAGGGAGGAAGAGGAUGAUAUUACUCCCAAUACAGACGGGUGUACACCCGUCUGUGAAAGAGUUUGUAAUCUCCAGAGGGGGAGAUGAUAUUACUCACAAUAUGGUAAAGAGGCUGUGAGUCCACGGAGGAUCCUCAGAGCAAGCGGGGGAAGAGGGGCUGGCUCUGAGACCCCGCCUCGCUGGGGGUGCCUCCCCCCACUGCGAUGGGGGUCCUAAGAGCCAGUGGGGGAAGAGGGGCUGGCUCUGAGACCCCGCCUCGCGGGGGGUGCCUCCCCCACCUGCGAUGGGGGUCCUAUGGGCCAGUGGGGGAAGAGGGGCUGGCUCUGAGACCCCGCCUCGCUGGGGGUGCCUCCCCCCCCUGCGAUGGGGGUCCUAAGGGCCAGUGGAGGAAGAGGGGCUGGCUCUGAGACCCCGCCUCGCUGGGGGUGCCUCCCCCCCCUGCGAUGGGGGUCCUAAGGGCCAGUGGGGGAAGAGGGGCUGGCUCUGAGAACCCGCCUCACGGGGGGUGCCUCCCCCCCCGCGAUGGGGUUCCUAAGGGCCAGUGGGGGAAGAGGGGCUGGCUCUCUGUACCCGCCUUGCGGGGGGUGCCUCCCCCCUUGUGAUGGGGGUCCUAAGAGCCAGGAGCAGAAGAGGGGCUGGCUCUCUAUACCCGCCUCGCGGGGGAUGCCUCCCUCCCCCGUGAUGGGGGUCCUAAGAGCCAGAAGGCUUAGAGGGGCUGGCUCUCUGUACCCGCCUCGCGGGGGGUGCCUCCCCCCCCCCGUGAUGGGGGUCCUAAGAGCCAGAAGGCUUAGAGGGGCUGGCUCUCAGUCUCCGCCUCGUGGGGGCUGCCUCCCCCCCUGCGAUGGGGGUCCUAAGGGGCAGUGGGGGAAGAGGGGCUGGCUCUGAGACCCCGCCUCGCUGGAGGUGCCUCCUCCCCCUGCGAUGUGGGUCCUAAGAGCCAGGGGGGGAUGAGGGGCUGGCUCUCAGUGCCCGCCUCUCGGGGAGUGCCUCCCCUUCCUGCGAUGGGGGUCCUAAGAGCCAGGAGGGGAAGAGGGGCUGGCUUUCAGUGACCACAGCUUGGGGGGCCUUUAUGUUCUGGUUUUUCCCAAGAGUCAGCUGAUUUGCUUCUUGUACUAGCAGGGCAGUUGCUGCCAAGGCCCUCAAACAGGGGGGCCAUCCUUUAGAAACCCUGUCUAGCUGUUUAGAGAGGUAGGCCACCGGCCUCAGCCAGGGCCCCACAGUUUGGGUUUAAAGUCCAGCUGCCAUCUUUUCUCUGACGCAUACCCUGGAAAAGGCUUUGUGAGAUCCGCUAGCCCCUGGGCUGGGGCUUUCAGAAGUUUUUCCUUUAAGUCAUGAAAGACUUGCUGUUGUUGGAAUCCCCAUUCCAAAUGUUCCCGGUCCCCGCCCCCUUUGUGACGUCAUACAAAGGCGUGGCUAAUACUGCAAAGUUGGGCUCCGCAGUCUACAAAACCCCACAGCUCCUAGGAAUUCUCUCACCAGCCUUCUGCCCUUAGGCUCCGGAAGAUUGCAAAUGACCUGCUUUCUUUCGGAUCCCGGGCUGCUUUCGGACACCUGUCGGCAGAUCUGAGUUUUCUUCUUGGACACCUAAUACCUACAGCCCUCCAGAGACCGAGAGGUUGAUGUCACUCCCAAUAUCGGAGGAAGUAUACAGCCCCGUGUGAGAUGUUCCUUAAUGAUAUUCCACGGCGGAGGGGGUGAUAUGACUACAUACAUGGCAGAAAGUGGAAACCCCCCAGGGAUAUUAUUCCCACGAUCCUGGAGGGAAGAAGAUGAUGUUACUUUCAAUGUGACAGAAGGUGGAUGAAGUGGUGGACUGCCCCUCCACACCUGUGGACACGCCCCCACUGAUAUUCCUUCUAAUUGCAACGUGGGAGAGGAGGAUAUGACACGCGAUAUCGCAGGGAGCAGAAACACCCCUGUGAUACUGUUCUUCAUAUUCAGGGAGGAAGAGGAUGAUAUUACUCCCAAUACAGACGGGUGUACACCCGUCUGUGAAAGAGUUUGUAAUCUCCAGAGGGGGAGAUGAUAUUACUCACAAUAUGGUAAAGAGGCUGUGAGUCCACGGAGGAUCCUCAGAGCAAGCGGGGGAAGAGGGGCUGGCUCUGAGACCCCGCCUCGCUGGGGGUGCCUCCCCCCACUGCGAUGGGGGUCCUAAGAGCCAGUGGGGGAAGAGGGGCUGGCUCUGAGACCCCGCCUCGCGGGGGGUGCCUCCCCCACCUGCGAUGGGGGUCCUAUGGGCCAGUGGGGGAAGAGGGGCUGGCUCUGAGACCCCGCCUCGCUGGGGGUGCCUCCCCCCCCGCGAUGGGGGUCCUAAGGGCCAGUGGGGGAAGAGGGGCUGGCUCUGAGACCCCGCCUCGCUGGGGGUGCCUCCCCCCCCUGCGAUGGGGGUCCUAAGGGCCAGUGGGGGAAGAGGGGCUGGCUCUGAGAACCCGCCUCACGGGGGGUGCCUCCCCCCCCGCGAUGGGGUUCCUAAGGGCCAGUGGGGGAAGAGGGGCUGGCUCUCUGUACCCGCCUUGUGGGGGGUGCCUCCCCCCCUGUGAUGGGGGUCCUAAGAGCCAGGAGCAGAAGAGGGGCUGGCUCUCUAUACCCGCCUCGCGGGGGGUGCCUCCCUCCCCCGUGAUGGGAGUCCUAAGAGCCAGAAGGCUUAGAGGGGCUGGCUCUCUGUACCCGCCUCACGGGGGGUGCCUCCCCCCUCCCGUGAUGGGGGUCCUAAGAGCCAGAAGGCUUAGAGGGGCUGGCUCUCAGUCUCCGCCUCGUGGGGGGUGCCUCCCCCCCUGCGAUGGGGGUCCUAAGGGGCAUUGGGGGAAGAGGGGCUGGCUCUGAGACCCCGCCUCGCUGGAGGUGCCUCCUCCCCCUGCGAUGUGGGUCCUAAGAGCCAGGGGGGGAUGAGGGGCUGGCUCUCAGUGCCCGCCUCUCGGGGAGUGCCUCCCCUUCCUGCGAUGGGGGUCCUAAGAGCCAGGAGGGGAAGAGGGGCUGGCUUUCAGUGACCACAGCUUGGGGGGCCUUUAUGUUCUGGUUUUUCCCAAGAGUCAGCUGAUUUGCUUCUUGUACUAGCAGGGCAGUUGCUGCCAAGGCCCUCAAACAGGGGGGCCAUCCUUUAGAAACCCUGUCUAGCUGUUUAGAGAGGUAGGCCACCGGCCUCAGCCAGGGCCCCACAGUUUGGGUUUAAAGUCCAGCUGCCAUCUUUUCUCUGACGCAUACCCUGGAAAAGGCUUUGUGAGAUCCGCUAGCCCCUGGGCUGGGGCUUUCAGAAGUUUUUCCUUUAAGUCAUGAAAGACUUGCUGUUGUUGGAAUCCCCAUUCCAAAUGUUCCCGGUCCCCGCCCCCUUUGUGACGUCAUACAAAGGCGUGGCUAAUACUGCAAAGUUGGGCUCCGCAGUCUACAAAACCCCACAGCUCCUAGGAAUUCUCUCACCAGCCUUCUGCCCUUAGGCUCCGGAAGAUUGCAAAUGACCUGCUUUCUUUCGGAUCCCGGGCUGCUUUCGGACACCUGUCGGCAGAUCUGAGUUUUCUUCUUGGACACCUAAUACCUACAGCCCUCCAGAGACCGAGAGGUUGAUGUCACUCCCAAUAUCGGAGGAAGUAUACAGCCCCGUGUGAGAUGUUCCUUAAUGAUAUUCCACGGCGGAGGGGGUGAUAUGACUACAUACAUGGCAGAAAGUGGAAACCCCCCAGGGAUAUUAUUCCCACGAUCCUGGAGGGAAGAAGAUGAUGUUACUUUCAAUGUGACAGAAGGUGGAUGAAGUGGUGGACUGCCCCUCCACACCUGUGGACACGCCCCCACUGAUAUUCCUUCUAAUUGCAACGUGGGAGAGGAGGAUAUGACACGCGAUAUCGCAGGGAGCAGAAACACCCCUGUGAUACUGUUCUUCAUAUUCAGGGAGGAAGAGGAUGAUAUUACUCCCAAUACAGACGGGUGUACACCCGUCUGUGAAAGAGUUUGUAAUCUCCAGAGGGGGAGAUGAUAUUACUCACAAUAUGGUAAAGAGGCUGUGAGUCCACGGAGGAUCCUCAGAGCAAGCGGGGGAAGAGGGGCUGGCUCUGAGACCCCGCCUCGCUGGGGGUGCCUCCCCCCACUGCGAUGGGGGUCCUAAGAGCCAAUGGGGGAAGAGGGGCUGGCUCUGAGACCCCGCCUCGCGGGGGGUGCCUCCCCCACCUGCGAUGGGGGUCCUAAGGGCCAGUGGGGGAAGAGGGGCUGGCUCUGAGACCCCGCCUCGCUGGGGGUGCCUCCCCCCCCUGCGAUGGGGGUCCUAAGGGCCAGUGGAGGAAGAGGGGCUGGCUCUGAGACCCCGCCUCGCUGGGGGUGCCUCCCCCCCCUGCGAUGGGGGUCCUAAGGGCCAGUGGGGGAAGAGGGGCUGGCUCUGAGAACCCGCCUCACGGGGGGUGCCUCCCCCCCCGCGAUGGGGUUCCUAAGGGCCAGUGGGGGAAGAGGGGCUGGCUCUCUGUACCCGCCUUGCGGGGGGUGCCUCCCCCCCUGUGAUGGGGGUCCUAAGAGCCAGGAGCAGAAGAGGGGCUGGCUCUCUAUACCCGCCUCGCGGGGGAUGCCUCCCUCCCCCGUGAUGGGGGUCCUAAGAGCCAGAAGGCUUAGAGGGGCUGGCUCUGAGACCACGCCUCGCGAGGGGUGCCUCCGCACCUUUCGAUCGGGGUCCCAAGAGCCAGGGGGGAAGAGGGGCUUGCUCUCUUUGUGGAUGAUUCUUUUUCCAUUCUCAGGCAGUUUUCUUUUUUCUUUCUUUUUUUUUUUUUGAGACUGAAUCUUGCUCUGUUGCCCAUGCUUUGCUGGAUCUCGGGUGACUGCAACCACUGCCUCCCAGGUUCAAGAGAUUCUCCUGCCUCAGCCUCCUGAGUAGCUGGGACUAGAGGCGUGUGUCACCACACCCAGCUAAUUUUUGUAUUUUUAGUAGAGAUGGGGUUUCACCAUGUUUGCCAGGAUGGUCUCUAUCUCCUGAUCUUGUGAUCCACCCACCUCAGCCUCCCAAAGUGCUGGGAUUGCAGGUGCGAGCCACCGGGUCCACCCUCUCAGGCGAUUUUCAUACCGGCAUACUCUGAUCACUACUCCGUUAAACAGUCAACGAGGCUGAGUGCCACGUGCUGACAUCACUAAGAUCAAUACAGCAAACUCUGAAAGAUGGACAGAGAGACAGGAGAUGGUCCUUUAUAAUGCAGUGUGAUCUGUGCUGCAAUAGAGAUGGAAGAGUGUUCUGAUUGGCUGGAAAACAACGCACAUGGGAAGCUGUACAGAAAUGAGUGGGGAAAGUUUUGGAAGCUAGAAGUUCAAAAUGAGGUGUUGGCAGCACCAUGCUCUCUCUGAAGAUGCUAGGAAGAAUCUGCUCCAUGCCUUUCCAUUCGCUUCUGGGGUUUCCUGCAAGCCCUGACAUUCCUUGGCUUGUAGAUGCAUCACCCCAGUUUCCGCCCCCAUCAUCACAUGGCCUCCUCUCUGUGUGUGCCUCUGCGUUCCCUCUAUUCUUCUUCUAAGGACACCGACACCAGUCAUAGUGGAUUAAGGGUCCACUCCUAACUAAUUACAUCUGCAACAACCCUAUUUCCAAAUAAAGUCACAUUCUAAGA